CAGUGCGAGUCGUCUCUGGACGGACAGCGGGGUCGAUGUUGGUGCGUGAACUCCUGGAACGGGAAGAAGCUUUUCGGCUCCACCGACCUGCCUGCAGACGCUGAGUGCCCUUAAACACAAACAUGAUGUUGCUCAGAAGAAGAAAAAAAGCCACUGAUUUUUAUUAUUUUUAUUUUUUCCUUUCUGGUAGCUGUUUAUUUAUUGAUCCUGUCCAUGGUGGUGUUGAAUUCAGGUACACUGUCACUGUGGGACUUUGGGUCCCCAGACCACCC